AUGGACAGGCCUGCCUCCGACUACGCGCAAGCAGGUUUGAGCCCUCAAUAUCCAAGUCUCCCGGAGGCACAGUCUGAACAAUCAACCGCAGAUCAGGCAACUGCUUCUGCUGCCGUCGCAUCCCCUACCCAAACCGAAGCUCGUCGAACGCCUCAGUCCCAGUACUCAGCGCCUCCAGAACCUCGAUCGGGCGGUAUCUCGGCCUCGAAUACCCCCCAACCAGACUACAACUUGCAUCAGAACUCUUCCCAUCCUCCACCGCCUCCGGCCGCCGCGCGCCCGUCUCCCUACCCUGAAUACCUGACGCGCCAGCCUCAGUACCACCACGCUCCUCAUACUCAAGCCGGCGGGCCGCCAGGUAUGGCUCAAGCAACAAGUCCGUCCAUGAACCCGCAAGAUGGGCAACAGAGUGACCAUCGAAGUCCCGCGCAAGUAAAGUCUGACACCGAGGUUCCUAUAGAUCCCUCGAUUGCAGCCUCGAGUCCGUCCUAUCCUCCACCAUAUUCUCCUUACGCUCCUCAAAGUCACGACAUGGCGCAAUAUCAGAGUCACCCUCCGCAGAUGUACGCGCGACCAGACUGGCCACACCAGUAUGGCGCUCAUCAACCUGGAAUGCCAGGCCCUUAUAGUUCCCCGGCUUCGGUGAGUUCAGCUUCCCCCGCUGCCACCGCUGGGCCACGACCUGGACAGGUUUUCUCUUUUGUGCCUAUCCCCGGCUCUCAACAACACAAGCGGCCUAGACGACGAUAUGAAGAGAUUGAGCGGAUGUACAAGUGCGGCUGGAAUGGUUGUGAAAAGGCCUAUGGCACACUAAAUCAUCUCAAUGCACACGUCACAAUGCAGUCACACGGCGCUAAGAGAUCUCCAGAUGGUUUGUAUUCCCUUUUUAUUCUCCUAUCCUUGUGUCUUAUAGAGGCUACUCUAUAUUUUCCUUGCCGUCUCCCUGCCAUCUACCCCCUUGCAUCCCUUAGCCUGUGUAACAGAAGCUUGGGUCGCUGCUCGAAGCCUGCAUCUUGGUGGAAAUUCAAAGAGAUCCGCAAGGAAUGGAAAGCCCGUAAGAAGGAGGAAGAUAAUCAGCGCAAGGCCGCCGAGGAGAGAGAACGGGCUGCAGCCCAAGCCAACCAGGUUGAUAGCAAUGGCGCUCCGAGUGGUAGCGGCCAGCCCAGCCAGCCAACUACCUCCUACGCUGCCGGCGUUCGGCCUCAGCUGCCGCCAAUAGGCUAUCAGCCAGCAGAUGGUCAAGUGCCAGGUCAGUAUGGUGCUCCUCCUGGUGGUUUGGUCUACCCACCUGGCAAUGGCCAGAUGCCUGCUACCUACUCUCCAAGUUACCCCCAUUCUCCAUAUGGUCAGGGCAGCCAGGUCUACCCACAACCACCGCGUGAGUGA